UAACUCAUUUUAGAACGCACCCAAAAAUAAUUCAUCGCCUAUGAACGACUGUUUCCAUUUGCCAACCCUGGUUCGGUGCAUUUCUGUCAAUUGGAAAUUCAUCAUAUUGCAUCCCUUGUCAUCCGUCAGUUGCUCUUGCUUUAAGUGGAAGAGAAAAAGAUCGAUACCCUGCGAAAAUUUUACUUCUGGAUCAAAAACAAAAAUCUUUUCACCCAAAAUUCAAUUCAUAAUUAAUAACUAUUAAUAGUACCCUGCCAUCUAAAAUAGUUUCAUCAAUCGUGGCUAACCCGAAAAGUCAGCCCAAUCAAUUGAUUCGCUGCAGAGUGGAGUGAUUUAAUUAACCACUGGGAAUUCAAAGGCCAAAAAGCAAAUCGAAUCGAAGCGAAUGAAAAAAAUGCACAAUGGAGCCGCAGCAGGUCUACGACACUUCAUCACUCUUGGCAUUGCUCUCCUCGUGAUAUUAUUCAUCUCGAGCUGUGCGGCUACCGCAAAUCUAGGUGACCCAUAUAAAAUUCUCGGUGUCAAUCGUCAUGCCACCACCCCAGAGAUUCGACGUGCCUAUAAACAAUUAGCAAAGGAGUGGCAUCCGGACAAAUCCAGCGACCCAGGGGCCGAGCAGAAGUUUGUGGAAAUCAAGCAAGCCUACGAGCUACUUAGCGACGCUGACCGAAGACGCGUCUACGACCAGCAUGGCAUCACCAACGAGGACUCGCACAUGUUCCGGCAACAACAUGACUACAGUCACUACGGUCGCUUUGCACCCGACCCGUUCGAGGAGUUCUUUGGGCAGCGUUUCCACUUCGACCAGGACAUCAGCUUGUACCAUAAACUCUCGGUGACAACCAAGUACUUCGAACAGACAAUCGUGCCCAAGAGCGCAACAGUGCCGCACAUAUUAAUGUUCUACAAUGAUUGGUGUUUCCGGUGCAUACGAGCGGUUGGGGUGUUUAAGAAAAUGAUUGAUGCCCUGGAGCCAUUGGGAAUUACUUUUGCCACAAUCAAUGCCGCACAUGAACAGAUGCUUCUGCGCAAGGUGGGCGUCGAUGAAGUGCCAAAUCUUGUAUUAGUUCUGAACGGACAUAGCUACAUCUACAGGGAGAGCGCUUAUAGUGUUCAGAAAAUUGUCGAAUUUAUACGGAAAAAAGUGCCGUACAAGCUGGUUCAAAACAUCAAAGACGACACAAUAGAUGGUUUUCUAAAUGGCUGGAUGGAUAAUCGUGUGCGAGCGGUUGUAAUGGAGCCACGACAACAACCUCGCUUAAGAUAUCUUAUCACUGCCUUCGCUUUUCGACAUCGCGUUGCAUUUGGUUUUGUACAACUAAGCUCUAAGGACACCAAAGGUAUACAAGAACGUUAUAAGGUCCAUCCCAGCCUCGAUACCCUGCUAAUAUUCAAUGAAGAUUCAGUCCGUCCAGUUGCAAGUGUUUCCAUGUCUGAUAUUCCGACACAAACAUUAAAUAAUAUCAUUUCGGCAAAUCAGUAUUUAGCUUUGCCCCGAUUAUCAUCGCAGGAAAUGUUAGAAGGAGUUUGUCCUGCGGAAUGGAAUCGUCCGAGAAAACGUCUUUGCGUUAUACUUGUAACUGAAAACACUGAUGCCCAUAACUAUGCCCGAAAUGCCCUAAGGCAAAUCGCUCUUCAAAGUGGUUACAGUUCCGAACGUGUUCGUUUUGCAUAUAUUUUCCAGGACAAACAAACAGAUUUCGUCAAUGCCAUGUCAAAGGGCUCCUCAGACGAUACUCUCCUCAGAUUGGUUAUCAUUUGGCGUCGCGAUACUUCCCACAUAAAAUAUGAAUGGGUAAGUGGCACUCGUUUGGGAAUCGAGCGGAAGGAAAACGAAUCCGAUGAACACACUCUAAAUCAUACAAAACAAAAACUAGACGAUGCUAUUCAACGUCUUUUGCGAGCAUCGGAAGCUUUAAGCUAUGAAGCUUAUGUUAAGGAUCUUCUGGAUGAGCAUGCUCAAGGUUUAUUGGGCAAAGUGAUGACACGUUUAUUGUACUUCACCGAAUACAUGAUUGACAACAUUGAACAGGAACACGUCUUGGCCACACUCUCUCUUUUGGGAACAAUUGCAUUUAUGUUUGCCGUUGGCUAUGUUAUGGUCUAUUUAGUCCGGGCCGAAGAAGAAACCCUAAAAGCCAAGGGUCAACUAAAUAGCAACGGCACAUCACAAAAGCCAGGCACCUAUGUUCCCGAACUAAAACUUCAUGAAUUAAGAGCUGAAAAAUAUAACGGACUAGUGCGUCUUUUAAAGCCCGGUUGUCGUACCAUCAUACUUAUUACUGAUUUGCAAACUCGCCCCAAACUCAUACCAGGCUUUCAUAAAGCCGUUUGGCCCUACAGGAAGAGUAAAACUCUUAUGUUUGGUCAUAUGUUGAUUGAAAAGGGUCUAAGCUGGUAUUCGGAAUUGCUGCGUUUGUCUCUUUCGGAAUCACGUGACUUGAGAAUAAACCCACGCAAUUGUGUGGGCACGGUUAUCGCUCUAAAUGGGCAUAGAAAAUAUUUUUGCAUGUAUCAUGCUAAACAUCCUGAAACCAAUCGUGGUGCAAAGAGAAUGCUUAAAAUGACCCGUCAACUAGUCCGUCGCAAUGAUGACCCAGAAGCCGGUGCAUUCUUAGGCAUGGAAAGUGGAUCCGAUGAAUCUGAGAACAGCGAAUAUGAACCAAAAAUAUUACUCGAGGAGAACUUACUCGAUAAUCUGAGUAAUUGGUUAGAUCGCUUAUUCGAAGGUACUACACAUAGGUACUAUGUAAAUUAUUGGCCUGACUUUCCCACAAAGUAAUUAUUUUUUAAAUUUUUGUGAGAGAACAAAAAGUUAUGAAAAAUAACAACAUUUUAAUUUUUUUUUGGCCUUUUGUUUUCUGUAACCUUUUGGUAUUUUAUUUAUACUGCAAGAACAGUUGUUUAUUUUUUUAAAAACCAAAACAUAGUUGAUUCUAUCAUAUAGACAUUAAAUAUUUAUUAAACAUAUUCGUACAUAGCAUAAUAGUGCAAUAUUAUGUACUACAUAAAAAACAAAACAACAAUACAUAGAUAUUUGGAUAAAAACAAUAGAAACAAAAGGGGGAUACUUGCCACUUAGAAAAUAUAUGUUCCUCCAUUUUUAGUUUAUUGUUUGUUUUGUUAUUUCUUAAGUUAAAACAUCUAUUGACGGUGAAUAAAAUAUAUUUUUAGUAUUUAUUAUUAUACAAUAUUUAAAAUAAUAAUGUUAUAUACAAUUUUA